AAAAUAAGCAUGCACGCCAAACCUCCGUUCAUGUGUACCUUUGACUUGGGGUAACUUUCUUUAGGUUUGCCUGCAUGAUAAGAAGACAAAUUAAACAUGGAGAGUUGGGAAGAAAUGAUGAAGCUGGACAAGGAGAAGCUGGCGCAACCUGUAGCUUCUAUAGAGGAAAAAUGGAAGCUACUCCCAGCAUUCCUAAAAGUAAAAGGCCUGGUUAAACAGCAUAUUGACUCCUUCAACUAUUUUGUCAAUGUAGAGAUUAAAAAUAUACUGAAAGCAAAUGAGAAAAUUACAAGUGAUGCAGAUCCAACUUUCUACAUGAAAUAUUUGAACAUCUAUAUUGGAAUGCCAGAUGCUGAGGAGGGGUACCAAAUUGCAAAGACCAUAUCACCACAUGAGUGUCGCCUCAGAGACAUGACAUAUUCUGCCCCUAUCACAGUGGAUGUAGAAUAUACUAGAGGGAGCCAGAGGAUUGUCAGGAAUAAUCUACCAAUUGGAAGGAUGCCUAUAAUGUUGAGGAGUUCUAACUGUGUGCUUACUGGUAAAACCCCAGCUGAACUUGCCAAGUUGAAUGAAUGUCCUCUUGAUCCUGGGGGCUACUUUGUGGUCAAGGGGACAGAGAAGGUCAUUCUUAUACAGGAACAGCUGUCCAAAAAUAGAAUGAUUGUUGAACAGGAUAAAAAGGGGAAUGUUGGGUGUUCAGUCACAAGCUCAACCCAUGAACGGAAGAGUAAAACAUAUGUCAUUCAGAAGAAGGGAAAGUAUUACUUGAAACAUAAUACAUUUGCAGAAGACAUUCCAAUAGCCGUAGUGUUCAAGGCCAUGGGUGUCCAGUCAGACCAGGAGAUAGUCCAGAUCAUAGGCAGUGAGGAAGAGGUCCUGGCAGCCAUAGCACCUUGUCUGGAGGAAUGCCACAGGGCACAAGUAUUUACCCAGAACCAGGCUUUAAAGUACAUAGGUAACAAACUAAGACAGAGAAGACUGAUGUGGGGCAGUGCCAAGAAGACAAAGCUGGAGGAGGCUAGAGAGUUACUGCAGGGGAUUGUGCUAGCCCAUGUGCCUGUUGAACAGUGGAACUUCAAGAUCAAGUCAGCAUAUCUUGGGUUGAUGGUGCGGAGGGUUAUCUUGGCUCAGGGGGACUCUGUAAAGGUUGAUGACAGGGAUUACUAUGGUAACAAAAGGUUGGAGCUGGCAGGACAACUGUUGUCUCUUCUGUUUGAAGACUUGUUCAAGAAGUUUAAUGCUGAGUUGAAGAAAAUAGCAGACCAAACCAUUCCUAAGCCACGAGUUGCUCAGUUUGACAUUGUGAAACACAUGAGGCAGGACCAGAUCACCAAUGGGCUUGUUCAUGCUAUAUCUACUAGUGAAGAAAACAACUUGAUAAACUGGUGUCAUGCUUUCUUUUCAGGAAACAUUCUUGGUGUGGUCCGUAAUUAUAAGAAGCUGGUGAGAACUUUCCGUCUGAUGAGGAGGGCUGGUUAUAUCAAUGAGUUUGUGUCCAUAUGUCCCAGUCAUACACACAGAUGUGUUUAUAUUGCAUCUGAUGGAGGGAGAGUGUGUAGACCUUAUAUUAUUGUGGAAAACUGCAUGCCAAAAGUCACAUCAAAACACAUAGAGGAGUUAACUCAAGGAUUCAGAUGCUUUGAAGACUUCCUAAGAGACGGCCUUGUAGAGUACUUGGACGUGAAUGAAGAGAGUGACAGCCAAAUAUCACUGUAUGAAAGUGCAAUAACCAGCAUAACAACUCAUCUAGAAAUAGAACCCUUCACAAUCCUUGGUGUUUGUGCUGGGUUGAUCCCGUACCCCCACCACAACCAGUCCCCCAGGAACACAUACCAGUGUGCUAUGGGGAAACAGGCCAUGGGGACUAUUGGAUACAACCAAAGAAACAGAAUUGAUACCCUCAUGUAUUUAUUGUGCUAUCCACAAAUACCUAUGGUCAGAACUAAGACUAUAGACUUGAUCCAUUUUGACAAGGUACCUGCAGGUCAGAAUGCCACAGUGGCUGUGAUGAGCUAUAGUGGAUAUGACAUAGAAGAUGCCCUUAUAUUGAACAAGGCCUCUGUUGACAGGGGUUUUGGCCGUUGUCUAGUGUACAGAAAGAAUGGUACCACAUUGAAGAGGUAUGCCAACCAGUCUUUUGAUAAAGUCAUGGGCCCAAUGCUGGAUGCCACCACAAGAAAACCAAUUUGGAGACAUGAUGCUCUGGAUGCUGAUGGAAUAUGUGCUCCUGGUGAAAAAGUUGAAAACAAACAGUUACUAAUCAACAAAUCUAUGCCAACUGUGACAAUGAGUCCUGUAGAGUCUGGAGGCCAGCAACCAGAGUAUAGAGAAGUGCCUAUCACGUACAAAGGCCUGGCACCAUCUUACAUAGAAAGAGUGAUGAUUUCGUCCAACCCAGAGGAAGCUUUUCUCAUCAAGAUUUUGUUAAGACAAACAAGGAGACCAGAGAUUGGGGAUAAAUUCAGCAGUAGGCAUGGACAAAAAGGGGUUUGUGGUCUCAUAGUGCCCCAAGAAGACAUGCCCUUUUCUGAAUUGGGAAUUUGCCCAGAUAUUAUCAUGAAUCCUCAUGGGUUUCCAUCACGUAUGACAGUUGGGAAAUUGAUGGAACUUCUGGCAGGAAAGGCUGGCUUGCUGGAUGGAAAGUUUCAUUAUGGAACAGCUUUUGGGGGUGACAAAGUGAAGGAUGUUUCAGAAGAUCUCAUCAGACAUGGAUUCAACUAUUUGGGAAAAGAUUAUUUAACUUCUGGAGUAACUGGUGAGCCCCUCACAGCCUACAUCUACAUGGGUCCUGUGUAUUAUCAAAAAUUAAAACACAUGGUGAUGGAUAAAAUGCAUGCACGUGCAAAAGGACCACGUGCCGUGCUCACCCGUCAGCCCACUGAGGGUAGGUCGCGAGAUGGAGGUCUACGUCUUGGAGAGAUGGAACGUGAUUGCUUGAUUGGCUAUGGUGCAAGUAUGCUCUUACUAGAGCGCCUGAUGAUCUCCAGUGAUGCCUUUGAAGUGGAUGUCUGCAACAAAUGUGGUCUUCUAGGAUAUUCUGGAUGGUGUCAUUUCUGCAAAUCGUCAACAGAUGUCUCUCAUCUCAAGAUCCCAUACGCUUGUAAACUGCUGUUCCAAGAGCUUCAGUCCAUGAACAUUGUGCCAAGGUUGACACUGAAGAAAUACAAUGAAUAGAAACAAUGCCAGUGUGUCAUAUCAAAGAGGGUGUUGGCAUACUCAAACGUGUCAAUUUACAGCAAAGAAGUACCUCGGCUGCAUUUAGUAGCAGCAUUAGCUUUUAAAAUAUCAGAAUUAUUAUCACUGUGUGUGCAUGCAUGCAUGGGUGCAAGUGUGUUUGGUCAGAUGCAUAUGUGGUAAUAUGUUUUUUUAGCUGAUGUUUGGAGAUGCUUCUUGUUAAACAGUGCAUAGAACAGGCAUAAGUAUUAAGACCUGACAACUUUGUUGAGAUUAGUUUUUGUAUUUAAAAUUAUAUUAUAUCAGGUUGUUUAUUGAAAAUAUAUUUCACCCAAGCAUAAUGCCUUCAGUCAGUAAACUGUCAAGGUCACUUUACAGAUGGGAAGUUUGGGUAUGAAUAAAUACAUGAUAGUUGCUCUUUCAUACACUUGACUCUGUAUGCCAACUUAUUGUCUUUGAAAAAACAAGUUCUCAUGUAGCAGUGAUAACAAAAGUUGUGCACUCUUUUCUAGCAAGAUGAAACAUCAGUUAUGGAAUUUUGUAAAUAAAUUGAUAAGCUCAUUUAAAAU